AUGCUGAACUCCAUCCUCGCGGGGGACCUGCACGGCAAGGACCUCGCGCAGAGGCUGCAGGGCCUGCCGCUGGUGCCGCUGUGCGACGGCUCCGUGGAGGUCUUCCCCGCGCCCGGGGAGGCGCGGCGGCCCCUGUGGUGCGCCUUUCCAGCGCCGAUGGCGAGGCUCGGGGCAAGGCACAAGGCCGACAAGGCGCAGCAGGUGCUGGCCAGCGUGUGCCCGCACUCCACGCUCAACGUGGGCAUGCUCGGGCCCGCCGGCGCGGCCGUGCUGCAGCAGCACGCCGCGGAGCUGGGCAUCACGGACGUGGACGGCACCGCGCAGCUGGCCCGCGCGCUGCGCGAGGCCGCGCCGCGGCUGGUGCGCGCGGAGGCCCCGGCGCGGGACGCGCGGCCCGGCGAGGCGCUCGGGGGCCUCGCGAAGAGCGUGGUGGACGCGGCGGCCGCCGCGGUGAGCAGCAUGAUCGGCGCGGCGGAUGCGCGCGACGGGGCCCUCGCCAGCACCCUGGGGCUGGGCGACAACGAGCAGGCGGGCGGCACGCUGUGCGCGCUGUGGGAGUUCGUCGAGUCCACGCCGGAGGGCGUCGGCGCCGCCUUCUUCGAGCACUUCGAGGGCUUCUUCAUCCUCCCUGCCUGCGACGCGGGGGGCGCCCUCGUCAAGAGGCAGGUGCCGGCCGCGCCCUCGGCCUCGGCGCCUGCUGCGCCGGGCGGCUUCGCGCCGCCGCCGCGGGAGGCGCCGCGGCAGGGCGACGCCUCGUCGUCCACCCGCCCGGCCCCAGCGCCGCUGCGGCUGCUGCCGCUGGCCCGGGGCGACCCGAUCCUCGUGCCGCCGGCUGCCGGAGACGAGCGGCUGGCGCCGCUGCUGGAGGUGGUGGGGCAGAUCCUGCCGGACCGCUUCCUGGACACGGGGCACGGGGCGCUGUCCAGGCGCGCGGUGCAGCUGCUCGGCGAGAGUGGCAUCGCGCACCCCUUCAACUCCGCCUCUGUGCUCCUCGUCCUGGCAUCCGCAUCGCAGGGCCGCCAUGGCCUCGCCGUGGCGGCCAAGCGCUGCGGGCAGCUGCCGCCGGAGCACCGCGACCUGCUCUGCCAGAGGCUGGCCGCGGCCCUCUGCCAGCUGGUGGAGGCCGGCGGAGACUCGGCGGGGGACGCCGACGCGCGCGUGGCCGUGUUCUGCGGCCUGCCCAUGGUGCGCGCACAGAGCGGCGUCGUCUCGGAGGCCCCCGACGCCGCGGGCGGCGCGGCCGGGGGGCCGCAGGCGCAGCCGCACCGGUGCCUGGCAGACCUGACCGUCGUCGACGGCGGGCCUCUGACGCUGGCGGCGCCGCCGGGCCGCAUGUCCCUGUCCGGCGGCUUCGUGUUCCGGGAGUCGCCGGGCACGACCCAGGCCCUGGCGGACGCCGUGGUGCUGCCCGGCGUGCGGUCGUACCUGCAGUCCAGGGAGCGCUUCCUGACGACCACGGAGUGGAUGAUGCAGCACGUCGUGCCGCACCUGCGCGGCCUGGGGCCCGAGGACCAGGUCGCCGUGCUGGAGAGGCUGCUCCCCCUGCUGGACGUGGACCAGGCGAACUCGCACGCACUCGUGCCCGCCGAGGUGUUCGGCAUCACUGGCGACACCGCGCCCGCCCUGCCGAGGGCCUCGCAGCUGCACUUCCCCGCGAGGGCGCUGCCCGCCGCCGUGCGGCAGCAGCUGCGUCGGCUUGGCAUGCGCAGGAGCGCCAACGACGCGGCCUGCCUGGUUUUCCUGAUCCAGGAGCUGCGCAAGCUCCACCGCACGGUGGGGGGCGAGCGGUACGGGGAGCUCCAGCGGGACCUCCUGCAGCGCGUGGUGGAGUCCUGGAACCAGCUGCCGGGGGAGGCGCAGGCGGCCAUCCUGGACGAGGAGUUCGUGGACCUAUCGCCCGAGGCAGACGGCGGGGAGCUGCCCGAGACGGUGUUCGCGCUGCGGCCGUUCAGACUGCAGAGCGCGGGGCGUCUGUUCCGGCUCGGCGAGCUGGUGUCGCGCUCCGGCGACACGGACCCGUACCUGUGCUGGACCAGCCUGCCGCUGUGCCCACGGGGCUUCCCCGCCUUCCCCGGCUACAGGCGGCCCGCGCUGGACCACGUCAUCGCGCACGCCCGGGCGCUGGGGGAGAUCGCCGACGCCAGCUCGGUAUCCUGCCACCUCUGGGCGGCCGCCGUCUCCGCCGGCUCGCCCUCCCGCCCCCCGUCUGCGCCUUCCUGGCCGACAGCCAGCCCUUCGCCGGCGUGCUGGCGGCCGGCGCGGCCGCGGCCACCGCCGCGGCGGAGGGCCCCGCGGGCGAGCAGGCGGAGCAGCCGCCCAGCACGCCCGAGGACGGCGCGGUGGCGCAGGCGCGGGCGCGCAUCUGCUCCGCCCUGCGGCGCACGAAGUUCCUGGCCCUGCCGGCCGAGGACGCCGGCAGCGAGGACGGCCCCCACGUGCUGGUCGCGCCGUGGAGGAUCUCGGUGGUGCUGA